UGAGCAAGACGGGACGGGCGGGUUUGAAGACUGCUUUUGCUGAUCGACGUCAGUUAAUGUUACACUAAAAUUAUACUGUACUUUCGACUGGAGUUGACUUUGCUUCUUCGUCUCGCUGUUUCUGGUCUGUGGGCUUUAAGGCACGUUGAAAUCAAUAUGACGGCAAUAAAAAUCAGGGUUGGCGCUGAUCCACCUGGGAAAUCCACUCCUCUUUUUUUAGACUUAUUUUGCCGCAGUCUUAUUAUCCUGUGUACAUUUCUGUCUGUCAUCCUCUCAUCUAUUGCGGUGUGUGAUGGUCACUGGCUGCUUGCCGACCGCCGUAUGUUCGGCCUCUGGUAUUUCUGCUCACUGGAGGAGCAGCAGGGCUCUGUGUUGGGGUCCCAAAGUUUUAAAGCAUCCUCAAACUGCACUAGACGUCUGGAGGAGGCAGGGGUGGAUGGUCUGGGUGUAGGCUUGGCAUCGUGUCGUUUUGUGAUUACUCUGGCUGUGGUCAGUGCCAUAUUCGGACUGGAGUUGCUUGUAAUGUCACAGGCCAGUGAAGGGACAGACUCUAGUCGACGGUGGACCCUCGGGGCACGGCUGGUGCUGCUGGCAGGGGUAAUGGCUGCCGGAGGAAUUGCAUCUUUUGUACUCCUGUUAGGGGCAUUUGCAACGCUCCUUGGGUUUACUCUCACCUUCUGGUGUCAGUUCACUGCCACCUUCCUGUUCUUCCUCAAUGGAAUGGCAGCGCGGCACAUCCAGCAUAUUGAACCGCUGCUGCCCUUUAGUGGACACCCUGACAAACUGUAGAAAAAAGGCCGGCACCAACAAUAAACUCUCUAAAACUUUUGCAUCAAGUGAUUUUGAAAAAAUAAAUAAUGAUUUAUAAAUAGUGAACUUUCUUAAAAGGUCCCAAAAAGGCCCAUUGUAUCAAUGUUAAUAUUAUAAAUUGCACUUUGCAUUGUGUUAUGUUUUAGGGUUGAAGGAAAUGUCUGUAAACUUAAUAGAAAAUAUCCUGGAAGAAAAUUACUGCAGGCCUGGUGUGCAAAUAAAUGAUUUUUUUUUUUUUUUUUUACAGCAGAUUGUUGUAUUCUAUCAUCUUUAUUUGUGUCAUUAAUUUGUAAUUGUAUUUAAUGUAAUUAAUAUUAUUUAUGACCAGCAGCUGACUACUGACUCAAGUUUCAUCUGUGAACAGUGCAUCUUUAUGGUUCAUAUCAUAAUAAAGAAUAACAGUUUAUUUAAUAAAGAAGUCUCACUUCUACAUAAUAAAACAGACUUUCAAAGUAUUUUAGUACUUU